GAACUGAUCCAGUACCAGAUCUAUAGGAAGACGUCAUCAUGGGCUACGAACCCUACAAGGCGGCGAGAUGCAACAUUCUGCAGACUCGGAGUGAUGGCUGGGAUAGAGUCAAGAGGGCUAGGCAGACAGCGCCAGAGCGGAGGAAGGGGACUAGUACGAACAACACUGCCUAGGAUGCAUAUGUGCUUGACUUCCAACAAAAUGUCAGAGCGCGCGAUCUCUCUACGAUGCAGCAUGCUAUGCUGCGGGACAGCAUGGUAUAUGAAUGCUGACGAGCUGUACGUGUCGGAAAAAUACCUUGCCGUAGGCCGUACCACCAGCCAGGCCAGGAUGGCACUACAUCCAGUACCUGGCUAAAGGCCAAACGCGCAUUGCCCUUGAGGAUCUUGCCAGCGAGUACAGGGCUAAGGAACGCAAGGGACGAAGGUGUCUGCUGGCUGCAACCCAAUUCCGACCGACCAAGCAAAUACCAUGCAAUGUAGGCCUAUCCUCAAUGCUUGAGAUAUUAGCUCGGUAUUCCAAACAUCUGGAUGAACGUGUCGACCAUAACGUGUAGACAUGCGCCCAACUCAAGAGCGGAAGGUCAAGCGACACAGCGAGACAGACGAACUAGGAGCACUGUCCAUUGACGACGCAGUUCACGUCAAGGCUUCUCACGCGCUGAAUGCUGGGAUCUGGCCGCAUCUCC